AUGAAGACACUGGAGUGGAGCCGGCACAGCCUGUUCAGCCUCCUGAAAGGGACUCUCGCCACUGCACUCAUCCUGGUGAAUCUGGCCUUCGUGAUCUCCCAGGAGAAUGUACAGACUUCCAACAGCCUAGAAGAAGGUGUUGAUGUCACUGCCUACUGGUGGGGUGAGUGGACCAAAUGGACGGCCUGCACCAGGACGUGUGGGGGAGGAGUCAAGUCCCAGGAGAGACACUGCCUCCGGCAGAGAAGGAAGGCAGUGACAGGGCUUGCUAACAAAACAUGCACCGGGACAUCCAAAAGAUACCAGCUGUGCAAAGUCCAACAGUGCCCUCCAAACGGAAGGAGCUUCCGAGAAGAGCAAUGCUCAUCGUUCAACUCGCAUGUGUAUAACGGACGGACGUAUCAAUGGAAACCUUUAUAUCCUGAUGACUAUGUUCACAUCUCCAGCAAGCCCUGCGACCUCCACUGCACAACCGUUGAUGGUCAAAGGCAACUCAUGAUCCUAGCCCGGGACGGGACGUCUUGUAAAUACUCUGAUUUCCGAGGGGUUUGCGUGUCUGGAAAAUGUGAGCCCAUUGGGUGUGACGGAAUCCUGUUCUCUACCCACACGCUGGAUAAAUGUGGUGUCUGCCAAGGGAACGGGAGCAGCUGUACCCAUGUGACCGGGAGUUACAGAAAGGGAAAUUCACACCUUGGCUACUCUCUGGUGACUCACAUUCCUACCGGAGCAAGGGACAUCCAAAUAGUGGAACGGAAAAAAUCAGCGGAUGUUUUGGCUGUUGCCGAUGAAGCUGGCUAUUAUUUCUUCAAUGGGAAUUACAGAGUAGAUAGCCCCAAAAACUUCAACAUUGCAGGGACCGUCUUCAAAUACAGGAGGCCGAUGGACAUUUAUGAGACAGGCAUAGAAUAUAUUGUCGCACAAGGGCCAACCAACCAGGGCCUAAACAUAAUGGUCUGGAACCAAAAUGGUAAAAACCCUUCAAUAACAUAUGAAUAUACGCUUCUGAAGAGGCCACAUUUGAAAAAUGCCCAGCCUGUUUACUAUACCUUCUCUGAAUCAGAUAGCGAAGAAAGCCAUGAGUUUGAUGGAGAAGAGCCUUUGGGAUUUAUUCAGCAUAAUGUAAGUUUCUUUGGGACACACUCCAAAGAAAAGAUCCAUUUUGAAAAUCAGGUGUUGGAAAGGCAAGACUCAACAGAAGAUCUAGACCUGAGCAAAAUCCAGGAGACCAACGAAGUCUACGAACGGACAGAAGCCAACGCCUGCACGCCGGUGCUGAGGAACAAGCAACCCAAAGAUUCAAACACAACCAAGGCCGGUUACAUGGCAGAAAGGGGUGGAAGGGAAUUCGAUGCUCAGCUUCUUUCCAAAGAAUUCCUUUCAGAAAACGCCAUCACUCACAAGCUUCUGGACAAGACAUCGGACUCAAAAGAGCUGGCCUGGAACAAGACGGCGAACAGCAUCCUUUCUCCAAGGGAUCCUGUUAACUCUGUUGGACCUCACCUCCUGGACAGCCUUUAUAUCGAUUACGAUGACCAUGAAGAGGUGGGGCCAUACCCCGUCAAUGGCACUUUCUUGGAACUGAGCAGUGACAAAGCCAUUAACACAUCUUCUGAGACACCGUUUUCCAACGCAACCGUUUCUGCCGCUAGCCCUUCAGGGAACAGGACUCACAAAGCCAGGAACCGGCUGAAGUUGUUUAGGAAGGGUCAAAAUAUGAGUCCUGCGGACAUGUACCGGUGGAAGCUGUCUUCCCACGAGCCCUGCAGCUCUACCUGCACCACAGGUGUGAUGUCCACCUAUGCCAUGUGUGUCCGCUAUGAUGGGAUCGAGGUGGACGAUAUGUACUGUGACGCAAUGACCCGUCCUGAGCCAGUCCACGAAUUCUGUGCAGGAAGAGAAUGCCAACCAAGGUGGGAGACUAGCAGCUGGAGCGAGUGCUCGCGGACCUGUGGGGAAGGAUACCAGUUCCGCAUCGUCCGAUGCUGGAAAAUGAUCUCGCCGGGCUUCGACAGCUCCGUCUACAGUGAUCUGUGUGAGUCUGCAGACAUCGUGCGGCCGGAAGAGAGGAAGGUCUGCAAAAACCCUGCCUGUGGGCCACAGUGGGAGAUGUCUGAGUGGUCAGAGUGCACAGCCAGGUGUGGCGAAAGGAGCAUUGUGACCAGAGACAUUCGGUGUUCUGAAGAAGAGAGGCUGUGUGAGGCCAACCCAAGGCCACCAGCUGAGAAAAACUGCACUGGGCCCCCCUGUGACCGUCAGUGGACCGUCUCUGACUGGGGACCUUGCAGUGGAGGCUGUGGGCAGGGGAGAAUGAUCCGGCAUGUCUACUGCAAAACCAGCGAUGGGCGUGUGGUGCCUGAAUCCCAGUGUAACGUGGAGACCAAGCCGCUGGCCAUAUACCCCUGCGGGGACAAGAACUGUCCGAUGCACUGGCUGGCCCAGGACUGGGAAAGGUGCAACACCACGUGUGGUCGUGGGGUGAAGAAACGGAUUGUGCUUUGCCUGGAGAUCGUCACUGGGAAGAUCAAAACCCGCAGCCCAAGUGAAUGUGAUGUCACCAAGAAACCCUCUGAGGAAACCACCUGCUUUGAACGCCCUUGUUUCAAGUGGUACACAACCCCUUGGUCUGAGUGUACCAAGACAUGCGGCAUUGGUGUGAGGAUGCGAGACGUCAAGUGCUACCAAGGGAAAGAUCUGGUCCGGGGCUGUGACCCUCUCGUAAAACCUGUUGGCAAACAGACCUGUGACCUUCAGCCCUGUCCCACUGAACCGCCAGAUGACAGCUGCCAAGACCAAGCCGGAACGAACUGUGCCCUGGCCAUGAAGGUGAACCUCUGCAGCCACUGGUACUACAGUAAAGCCUGCUGCAGGUCCUGCCGAGCUCCACAUUCCUAG